CAUCAAUUAAAACAACAAAAUAUAAAUAUUAAUAUGUUAAACAACAAAGCCUCAAACAAACCUAGUAAAUCUAACUAUUUCAAUACUCCUAAAGUAUCAAUAGGAAUGUUUUCCAAUCAGAAUUAAAUCAUUUCUUAGCUGCUUUCAACCAAAGCAAAAUCAUAAAAGUAAUAGCACAAGGUAUCUAAAACAUCGUGUGAAUUUCAAACAUUUAGAGUAGAAACCCCAAAUUCUCCUUCCAAAACAACUCCAUUUAAAACUAAUUAUCAUUUUAAUACUUUAUCUUAAUUGUCUAAAUUAGAAAGCAAUAAUGUUUCUCGUAAUAUUCAGUAGGAAAAAUUAAAAAAUCAAGACACAAGUGCUGACCUUGGAGAUGUAAGUAUACGAUUGAGAAGUUUUGAAGAUGAUCAAAUCAACAAAAUACUUAAAAAUCUAAAAUUUAUUGGAGAACAAAUGGCAAAUAAUAAAUUGACUUAAGUUAGCUCUAAUGUUUUACAAUAAUGGUAAAAUUAAUUAAAUGACAAUUGCGAUAAAUUAAUUAAAUUAUUAUCUCUAGAUAUCAAUAGUGCUUCUAAUUUUUGUCAACCCUCUAUUCAUAUUGAUAAUCAAUUGUAAAAAUAGUUGGCAGAAGAGAAAAAAAAUAGACUUUUAGUAGAAGAAUAAACAAGUAAAAUCAUAUAAAGUUAAGAAUAAUAAAUUAAAUAAUAUGUAUUAAUUAUUUAGACUAUCUAUUUUUAGAUUGAGACGAUCAAAUUACUUGAAUAGAAAUUAUUAAACAGUAUGUGA